CCAUGGCGCCCAGCAGCGACAUCGUGGCCAACGUGCACAGCGCCAUCGACAGCAGCAACAAGACGCUGCUCAAGAGCGACGCCCUGUACACGUACAUCCUCAACACCACCGUGUUCCCCCGCGAGCCCGAGUGCAUGCGCGACCUCCGCCUCGUCACCGACAAGCACCCCUCGGGUUACAUGCAGUCGUCGGCGGACGAGGCGCAGCUGCUGGGGAUGCUGAUCAAGAUGGCGGGCGCCAAGAAGACGAUCGAGGUGGGCGUCUUCACCGGCUACUCGCUCCUCGCCACCGCGCUCGCCCUCCCAGCCGACGGCAAGGUGGUGGCCAUCGACACCGACCGGGACUGCUACGAGGUGGGCCGCCCCUUCAUCGAGAAGGCUGGCGUGGCGCACAAGGUGGACUUCCGCGAGGGCCCCGGCCUCGACCGCCUCGCCGAGCUCCUCGCCGAGCAGGAGCAGGAGGACGGCGGGGAGGCGACCUACGACUUCGCCUUUGUGGACGCUGACAAGCCCAACUACGUUAACUACCACGAGCAGCUGCUGCGGCUGGUCCGCGUCGGCGGCACCAUCAUCUACGACAACACGCUCUGGGGCGGCACCGUGGCCAUGCCACUCGGCACGCUCAUGUCCGGCCUCGACACUAGGUUCUCCGCCGCCAUCAGGGACCUCAACGGCAAGCUCGCUGCCGACCCGCGCGUCGAGGUCUGCCAGCUCGCAAUCGCCGAUGGCGUCACCAUCUGCCGCCGCCUCGUCUGA